UACCAAGGUGGGGAUUGAACCCCAGCUUACAGCACAGAAGGCAGACGUGUUACCCACUACACUAACCAACCACCAGUCAACAGUACGUGAUUAGCUAACCACAAUACAGAACGUAUACCAAAAGCAGACCUGGCGCUUUACUCAGAAUGAACUUUCUCAUUUUCUUCUGUUUCCAUAAGUUUGUGAUAUUUGAAUUGUGAGAAGCAGAAAAUACAACUGCCUUCCAAGGCUGGAGUGGGACCUCUUUUCAGACCAAGAGUUAUGUGAUACAGACCACCCAAAGCACCCCGAACUCUGUUUCUCUUCCCAGCCCACACACACAGCAUUGCCUUCAUACACUAACUUUUUCUAAAAUCUGUAUUUUUCAAUAUACAGUAUCUUCCUACUAGUCUCAUCAUUUAUAUGCUACACUCAUAAAUAAGGCCGGCUAGACGUAAAUAGAAAACUGGCUAACACUUUUAUUUUAAAGGUGACGGUCAUAACCACAGCCAUUUUAUAUUACUAUAUUAUAUUAUAUAUUACUAACUAAUGCUAGCUAAGGUCGGCAUUUCUCACUGCCUUCUAACUCGGAUAUGUCCUCUUCCUCCUUAAGUAACGUCUACACUCUUGUCUUUUCGGUGCCUCUAGAGCUGCUCGUCAUUUCAGAAUCACACCAUCACUCUGAAUUUCUUACGAUAUACACCUGAGGUGGAUGUUGGCUUCUUGAAUGUCCGUUCCACGUUUUAGUACUACAGCAGUUACAUGUCUGUACGUGUCUGUAUAGAUGUCUGAAUGUUACUGGUACACCUCUGGCUUAACUCGUGGGUGUGGGGGUGUAUUUUAGUUUCCAUAUAUGGACUGUAUGGAUUAGUAUGGAGAGUGAAUGACACUGUAAAACAGCCUUUUCAUGCAUUUUCCUUUAGGAUUGGGAACAGAUCUGCAUACUUAUUCAUGCUUACCUGGAGACAUUUCAAAUGUUUUGGGCCAAGUAAAAUGGGUGUGUUCUUGUAGCUGAUGCCUCUCCCAUCCAGUAGCCACACCCCAGGAAUGUUGAGCAGAAUCAGAAAAGAAAUCAGCCAGUAUCUGUCACAGAGGAACAAAGUCAAUAUAUAACAGGGCAUUGAAAACCAAACUGAAGAGCAGAAUUAAUAUGGACCCCAAAAGUCUACCGAGUGCCCCUCCUCUUGACUGGAAUCCAGGAGAUAAACAAGAUGUAGAUCAGCCUCCACCAUACCAGGACUACAGAGCUGGUUACAAUCCACCUCCAGGCUACCCCAACCAGCCUGUCUACCCUCAAGACCUACCUUAUGGAGCUUCUUACAGUCAGCAAUAUGGGGGUCACUUCCAGCCUUUAUUUGCAGGCCAGCAAAUUGUCACUGUGCAGCCUACAGUCUUUGUCACCGCAGGUGCAAAACGCGAGCCUGAUUACCUCUGUUAUUCCAUCUUCACCAUGCUGUGCUGCUGCCUACCACUGGGCAUCGCUGCUCUCGUCUUCUCUGUAAAGACUCGAGGUGCCAACCUGAGCGGCGACAACCAACGAGCCAAGAAAAACUCUCAGACAGCAUGCAUGCUGAACAGCGCUGCAGUGGCGAUUGGGAUUGUUGUGUUCGUUGUGAAUUGCCUAAGAAUAUUAUACUGAAUGCAACAUAUAUGAAGAAACAGAUUUUCCUUUUUUCCAAUGUCAUUUCUGAAAUGAAUCAGAAGUGAUUUGAAGUGAUUAACAACAUUUUGAUGAAUGUUUUUAUACUGUGCAUAUGUGAUGGCUGGCAACAUAUUUGUUGUGAAACAUAGAAAAUAUAUGUUAAGUAAAGCCUUCUUGUAACACA